AUGAGAUUUCGUGGAUUGGUUGGCUACGGGGAAUCGAGAAAUUCCAGCGCCAAAUUCCUAUGCCUUGCGGUUCUCAUCAAGCCGCGCCAUGCGAUCCUUCCCGCCCACUGUGUCCUGAACCGCGCCGAAGUGGAUGCCCUGUUCAUCCUUUUCGGGGACUGGCGCGCCAACAGGAACUUCGACGAGGAAGACUGUCUCCUCGAUGUGUGCGCCCCCGUCCCGAAAGCGAUCGACAUAGAAGAGCUGGCGGUGCACCCGAAGUUCAAGGGACAUAUUAAUCCCACAGCCUUCGAUAACGACAUCGCACUGGCCAAGCUAGUGCGAAGCGUGAACUUUUCGGACUUUGUGGCACCUCUUUGCCUUCCAACCACGAAACACAAGGACAACCAGCUCAGAAGUUGA